AUGGUAGCUCUUUCCUUGAAGAUCUGUGUCCGCCAAUGCAAUGUAGUGAAGACGAUGCAGUUUGAACCAUCCACUGCAGUAUAUGAUGCCUGUAGAGUUAUUCGUGAACGAGUGCCAGAGGCUCAAACAGGGCAAGCCUCUGACUAUGGAUUGUUUUUAUCAGAUGAAGAUCCUCGAAAAGGUAUAUGGCUGGAGGCUGGAAGAACCCUGGAUUAUUACAUGCUGAGAAAUGGGGAUAUACUGGAGUACAAAAAGAAACAGAGACCUCAGAAAAUACGUAUGCUGGAUGGUUCAGUGAAAACAGUCAUGGUGGAUGAUUCUAAAACAGUUGGUGAAUUGCUGGUUACAAUUUGCAGCAGGAUAGGAAUAACAAAUUAUGAGGAAUAUUCAUUAAUCCAGGAGGGCAUUGAGGAGAAGAAAGAAGAGAGUACAGGAACGCUUAAGAAAGAUAGGACAUUGCUGCGUGACGAAAGAAAAAUGGAAAAACUGAAGGCAAAGCUUCAUACGGAUGAUGAUUUAAAUUGGCUAGAUCACAGCCGAACGUUUAGAGAACAAGGAGUCGAUGAAAAUGAAACGCUACUGUUGAGACGAAAGUUCUUUUAUUCAGAUCAGAAUGUGGAUUCAAGAGAUCCUGUUCAGCUUAAUUUGCUUUAUGUUCAGGCUCGUGACGACAUUCUGAAUGGUUCCCACCCUGUCUCCUUUGAGAAGGCCUGCGAGUUUGGAGGCUUUCAAGCACAGAUCCAGUUUGGACCUCAUGUAGAACACAAACAUAAACCUGGAUUUUUAGACCUAAAAGAAUUCCUGCCAAAAGAAUAUACCAAACAAAGAGGGGCUGAAAAGAGAAUAUUUCAGGAGCACAAAAACUGUGGUGAGAUGACUGAAAUAGAAGCCAAAGUGAAGUAUGUGAAGCUAGCCCGUUCCCUGCGGACCUAUGGAGUGUCAUUUUUUCUUGUUAAGGAAAAAAUGAAAGGCAAAAACAAGCUGGUUCCUCGUUUGCUGGGUGUCACCAAAGACUCAGUGAUGCGUGUGGAUGAGAAGACCAAGGAAGUGUUGCAGGAAUGGCCACUGACAACUGUGAAACGCUGGGCUGCCUCACCUAAAAGCUUCACUCUGGAUUUUGGUGAAUAUCAGGAAAGUUAUUACUCAGUACAGACCACUGAAGGAGAGCAGAUCUCUCAGUUAAUUGCAGGUUACAUUGAUAUCAUCCUAAAGAAGAAACAAAGUAAAGAUAGAUUUGGGCUUGAAGGUGAUGAGGAAUCAACCAUGUUGGAAGAGUCUGUUUCACCUAAGAAAUCUACCAUCUUGCAACAGCAGUUCAACCGAACAGGGAAGGUGGAACAUGGCUCUGUGGCACUACCAGCUGUUAUGCGUUCAGGGUCCAGUGGCCCAGAGACUUUCAACAUUGGCAUCAUGCCUUCGCCCCAGCAACAAGUCACAAUUGGUCAGAUGCAUAGAGGACAUAUGCCCCCACUUACCUCGGCCCAGCAGGCCCUGAUGGGGACUAUCAAUACCAGUAUGCAUGCUGUUCAACAGGCGCAAGCCGACCUCAGCGAAGUUGAUAACCUGCCACCUCUAGGGCAGGACAUGGCAUCAAGAGUAUGGGUUCAGAACAAGGUUGAUGAAUCAAAACAUGAAAUACACUCUCAGGUUGAUGCGAUCACUGCAGGAACUGCAUCUGUUGUUAACCUUACAGCAGGGGACCCAGUUGACACUGAUUACACUGCUGUGGGAUGUGCAAUUACAACCAUCUCUUCCAACCUCACUGAGAUGUCUAAAGGUGUGAAACUCCUUGCUGCUCUCAUGGAUGAUGAAGUUGGAAGUGGAGAAGACCUGCUGAAAGCUGCUAGAACAUUGGCCAGUGCUGUCUCAGACUUGCUGAAGGCUGUGCAACCUACUUCAGGAGAGCCUCGACAGACAGUUUUGACUGCAGCUGGAAGCAUUGGGCAAGCAAGUGGGGAGCUACUGAAACAAAUUGGAGAGAAUGAAACAGAUGAAAGGUUCCAGGAUGUUCUGAUGAGUCUGGCCAAAGCUGUUGCAAAUGCUGCUGCCAUGUUAGUGCUGAAGGCCAAGAAUGUGGCACAGGUCGCUGAGGAUACAGUCCUGCAGAACAGGGUCAUCGCUGCUGCUACACAGUGUGCACUGUCUACUUCCCAGCUUGUGGCUUGUGCGAAGGUUGUGAGUCCCACCAUCAGCUCUCCAGUGUGUCAGGAACAGCUGAUCGAGGCAGGGAAACUGGUAGACCGUUCAGUGGAGAACUGUGUAAGGGCCUGCCAGGCUGCCACAGAUGACACUGAGUUACUGAAGCAGGUCAGUGCAGCUGCCAGCAUUGUCAGCCAAGCCCUGAAUGACCUCCUGCAGCAUGUCCGCCAGUUUGCGAGCAGGGGAGAGCCCAUUGGACGCUAUGACCAGGCUACGGAUACCAUCAUGUGUGUCACAGAGAGUAUUUUCAGUUCGAUGGGAGAUGCUGGUGAAAUGGUACGGCAGGCUAGGGUGCUGGCUCAAGCCACUUCUGAUCUCGUCAAUGCUAUGAGGUCAGAUGCCGAAGCAGAAAUCGACAUGGACAACUCUAAGAAGCUUCUGGCUGCUGCAAAGCUUCUGGCAGAUUCUACAGCCCGCAUGGUUGAAGCUGCAAAGGGAGCUGCAGCCAAUCCUGAAAAUGAGGAUCAGCAGCAGCGUCUGAGAGAAGCAGCAGAGGGACUGCGGGUUGCUACAAAUGCUGCUGCACAGAAUGCCAUCAAGAAGAAAAUUGUCAACAGAUUAGAGAUUGCAGCGAAACAAGCCGCAGCUGCUGCUACUCAGACAAUUGCAGCUUCUCAGAAUGCAGCUGUCUCAAAUAAGAACACAGCAGCCCACCAGCAGCUUGUGCAGAGCUGUAAGAAUGUUGCAGACCACAUUCCUCAGUUGGUGCAGGGUGUAAGAGGAAGUCAAGCUCAGGCAGAAGACCUCAGUGCCCAGCUUGCUUUAAUAAAUUCCAGCCAGAAUUUCCUUCAGCCUGGAAGUAAAAUGGUGGCAUCUGCUAAAGCUGCAGUCCCCACUGUGACUGAUCAAGCAGCAGCAAUGCAGCUAAGUCAGUGUGCGAAGAAUCUUGCUACCAGCUUAGCUGAGCUACGAACUGCCUCCCAGAAGGCUCAUGAAGCAUGUGGCCCGAUGGAAAUCGAUUCUGCUUUGAAUACAGUACAGACACUCAAAAAUGAACUGCAAGAUGCGAAGAUGGCAGCUGUGGAUGGACAGUUAAAACCUCUUCCAGGAGAAACUCUUGAGAAAUGUGCUCAGGACCUGGGAAGUACAUCCAAAGCGGUCGGUUCGUCAAUGGCCCAGUUGUUAACUUGUGCUGCUCAAGGCAACGAGCACUACACAG